AUGUGUAUUAUAUUUCAGUUACAACAAGCAAUUGGUGCUCCUAAAAGUUCCAUUGCUGUUACCACCAUCAGCAGUGCAAAAGCAACCGGUGCUAAAGGUCGACGCCGCCGUCGCCGCCGCGACAUUCCAUGCGACAAGACGGAACGUUCAGGUGUUGCUAUCGUCUUUGAUAUCGCAUUAGGUUAUCCAAACAAUUUAACAUGUCAAACGCUGUCAUGUCAAAUAGACUUUUUUACUGGUAUACAUGAACAAUUCAAUACUCAGUCUAGUGUCAAUAUUACGGCGGACGAUGGAAACAACUUAUCUGUAGAUCUUUGUUACGUUGAAUCUUAUUCUAAUGGCAAUAACAACAAUCAAAAUAAUCCCAGUGGUGUUGUUAUCGGUGAGUAG